AUGGGCAUCGAGGAACAGUUCAUCCUCCUCUCCUUGGGGCUCGUCACCAUCGGAGUGAGAAUGGGCGUGCGAAUCCGACAGAUUGGGUUUGGGGGUUGGCAGUUGGAUGAUUAUCUGAUGCCCAUCACAGGUCUUAUUUUCACUGCAGAGACAGUCGCGGCGUAUCUCGUCGGUGCCAAGUUCCAGGGCUUGACGAACAGUUACAUGACGGACCAAGAACGCGCCGACAUCGAUAUGAAUGGGCAAGAACAUUAUAAUCGGGUUUGGGGAUCCAAGAUUCAGGUCAUAGGCUGGUCCUUUUAUGCUUGUAUUCUGUGGUGUCUCAAGUUUUGCGUCACUGCGUUUUAUGGGCGACUCACGUAUGUUGUUGACUUGCUAUUGAAGGAUGUUGGCUGA